AUGUCGUACUUCGGUCAGUUCACAGUAUUGGCUUAUUCAAACUACGUUUACUGCGCAGGCGGUUUUCCAUGUUAUAAGUGUUCAACGUGCGUGACUGGAGUCAGCAUUCGUGCCGAGGUAUCAGACGCGUUCGAAAGUCACAUCAGUGGAGAACUACCUGCUGAUCCAUAUUAUAUUUUCGACGUACUCGUGAUAAACUUGUGCGAAAGCAUGGCGACGGAGGUGGCGCAACUUCCCCAUCUAAAGGUCUUUGAUCGCGUAAUGGAAUUACCCAUUGUUGAGUUAGCGGUCGUCAAAUCCGCAGAAACGUACUCCAGAGUGAAGAGUUCGUAUCAAUUGAUGAAUUGGGCUCUGAGCACAGCCGAAUUUUCACUAAGCACCGCGACAAGACAAGCAAUGCCCAUCGCUGUACCCAUCGCGAAAAGACUUGAGACUCCCAUUAAUUUCGUUGAUAAUACUUUAUGCUUUGGUCUUGAUAAAAUUGAAGAAAAAGUGCCGUUGGUGAAGGAGAAACCCUCACAGAUUUUAGAGAAGGCGGUAUCAAGAAUUUCGCAUGUAAACGACUUGAUUCUUGAACAAGCAACGAAUUUGCGAGACAUCAGCUGGAAUACGGCCAACCAAAUACUCGAUACACGCUAUGGCAGUGUGGCCGUGAGAGGUAUAGAUAACACGGCCGUUGUUGUUGAUAAACUCUAUUAUAAAUAUUUUAUUACAGACAUUAACACAGUUGAGAAGGAUAAAUUGCUACAUACUUUACAAACGGUUGGUCACCUAUCCAAUAAAGCUGCUCGACGUGUAUACCUAAACAUAGUAAACCACCUGAGCACCAUCAAGAAGGACGGUUUAUCAUCUUAUGUUAGCAGUUUAGUUGAGUUCCUUCGACUCACAAAGUAUCUUCAUACUGUCAAUGAAAAACCACAGGCUAAUGGCGAGGUAAACCAAGAAUCACACGAUGAAAAAGAAAAGAGCGAGUAAAAAAGCAUUACUUCAAUCUCACGUCUCUC